UCAAAAUGACAGUGAAUCUAUCGACAAUUCUUUUGAUUAUUUUAAGUCUCAUCACAAUUAAUUGCAAAUUAUGGCAUGUUCAGAUGGAGAAGAAAGAUGCAAUUAGGUACGAUGUAAAGUAUUCAGAAACAGCUGUUGGUGAAGUGAAUUUGGAAGGAAGAUUUGCACAACAUACACCCGUGGCACUGAUAAAUUACAUGGAUACACAAUAUUACGGAGUGAUUUCACUUGGAACACCUCCACAGAAAUUCACUGUAGUCUUCGAUACGGGUUCAGCAAAUUUGUGGAUACCUUCAGCAAAAUGUGACUCCUCAAAUGAGGCGUGCAAAACUCAUAACACAUACGAUGCUUCUAAAUCUUCUACUUACCAUGCUAACGGCACAAAGUUCUCAAUAAGAUAUGGCGACGGCAGUAUGCAGGGAUUUCUAUCGCAGGAUUGUCUUGCUAUCGGUGGCUUUAGAGUUGAGGAUCAAGUUUUUGCCGAAGCUGUUACACAGCCAGGAAUGACUUUCGUAACAGCCAAGUACGAUGGGGUAUUUGGUUUGGGCUUUAAGGAGACAGCAGUUAAUCGUGUUGUACCGCCGUUGUACAAUAUGAUCGCCCAAGGGUUGAUUGAGAAGCCCAUCUUCUCCUUUUACAUUAAUCCCCGUGUAGAUGACUCCUUUGGCGGAGAAAUCAUCUUUGGAGGAUCAGAUCCGAAGCUCUACAAAGGGGACUUUACCUACACACCCCUAACAAGUAAGAGCCACUGGCAGUUUAGACUGGAAGUCGUUGCAGUGGGAACACAUAAAUAUUUCUGCGAGGGAGGAUGUGAUGCAAUUGCGGACACAGGAUCAACCCUUAUUGGUGGCCCAGUGGGCGAAGUGGCGGAAAUUCAUCGGAUAAUUGAGGCAAAGCUCACCCAAAGUGGUCGCUACGAGGUGGAUUGCAAGAAAAUUAAUCAUUUGCCCAAAAUUCGCUUCAACAUUGCAGGGAGAAUGUUUGAACUCGAUGGAAAGGACUACAUUCUGGAGUACAAGAACGCCAAUGAAAGGACAUGCUUUACGGGAUUUAUGGCUGUUGAUAUUCCCCCACCCUUUGGACCCUUGUGGAUCAUCGGAGAUAUUUUCAUUGCAAAAUUCUACAUGGAAUUUGAUAUGGAAAAUAUGAGAAUUGGUUUUGCUGAAGCUCAAUAAUUUCUCCCACGUUCAUUUAUGUUGAUUGCUGAGCCAAAAAAAAAUCCCAAAUAUGGGACAAUCUAAUAUUUCUUUUACUAUUGCACUUUAUGCAAAUAAAAGAAUUUUAAUUU